AGAAAAAAAUCUGGGUCUUUCGUAGUUUUCCCAUAAGAUGAACUCCGCAAUCCGCACAUGCCAAAGCCCUCUGCCUGUGGCUCCAGGGCGUCUCUCCUCUGCAAGCAGAGUUCACAUAAGCUUAAGCCACGGCUCUCUCAGUGUUUCCCUGAGUUCCAAGGGAAGCCACUUGGUUUCACGUCCAUCAUAUGUGAAGUGUACGGUCGAGGUCGAGAGAUUCUCAGAGGGGUCCAGGAUGAAAGAGGAGAACGGGAAGAACAAUAUAGUGAGAGGAGCGGGAAGAGCUUCUCUAGUGCUGGCUUGUGUUCUUGGGGCCUUCACUCUCAGUGGUAAGAUGAACACCAAGCCCAAUUUAGCCUAUGCUGCUUCGACGCAACAUCGAAGCCAAGGUCCUGUGCUUAGCCUGACGAGCAAUUUCAACACAGAGGAACCUGAAAGAAGUGAUAUUGAAAACCUCAAGCUGUUUGCAAUGUCUCUAUCACAGAACGGGCGCAAAGAUGCAGCGGAGUCAAUAAUGAGGUGUGAAUGUAAUAAGUGGAAGGGCACGUCCAGUUCAAACCAACUCAAAGUCGCGCUCAUUGAAUUGCUCUUGUAUCAGGGGAAAUACCAAGAAGCGAAAAAACCAUUCAGGACCUAAUGAAGGAUAUGGCCGAUCUGCCGCCGGAAAAAGUUUAUUUUCUCAAGGCUAUUGCAGAAUCUGCAACUGACAAAGCAAAGGCAGCACAAUCCUGGGAAGAAUACCACCGCAAAACUUCGGAGGAGACUUUACCGUACAGUGCACCUAUGGUAGAGAAAGGAAAGGACCAGCAGCAGAGGUCAUGGCCCUCUCUAACCUUUUAAUUUUUUUU